AUGGCUAAAGCAGCAGCAACAAGCAACUGCCGAAAAACCCUGACAAAAAGUAAAAGGCAAAAACACCAAAAUUCCAACAAUCAAAAUAACAAAAACAAAAAACAAACAUUAAACACGGCAACGCCAGCAACAAAAUCCAAAACCAAACCAACAACAACAACCGCAACAACGCGUGCCAAUACGCCAGCAACAACGGCAACAACAACGACGACAACGUGUGUUGCCGGUGCCAGUGCGGAUGUUGCAGCUGCUGCUGGUGCUGGUACACCCACAACACCGGCACCAACAACCGUUAAGCCAACAACAGCAGCAACAGCAACAACAACAACAACAGCAGCAGCAGCAGCAGUAGCACUAAAUACAACUGCGCACAGUAAAACUAACAACAACAACAAUAACAAUAUAGUGGCAGCAGCUAAUACUCAAACUAACAAAUUUGGUGGCAGUAAUAGCAACAACAACAACAAUAACAAUCUGCCAUCGUCAGAAUUAUUAUUAGCCGCUAGCAGCCACCGAAUGCAGCCACAAGUGCCGCAAGCCGCUGGGACAGCCGAUAUGGAUUUGACGGCUGUUCAAUCGAUGGAUUGGUUUUUCAAAAAGGAGCAAUUUUAUCUAUUGGCACAAUUUUUACAACAGGUAAAUAAUUUUAAAAUUUCUAAAAAAAUAUCCCAUUUCCACUGACGUUUUGGUAAGUAAUAAGUUCAGUUGGUAUAUACCACAAAAAGUACUUAUUUAUUAUAAAAGAGUAGUACACCCAAAAAAUUAAAAAUUUCUGCUAAGCAUUUAAACACGAAAGCGGAAAGCUCAAAUCUUUGGUAGCCC